ACUUCAAUCCAAUUGAGAUGACAUCAACAAAGAGGUAGUCAUUGAACAAAAAAAAAAUGGAGCAAUCUAGGCGAUAGCAACUGAUAGGCACAGGAAGUAGUGGACGCGUGGCACGAUAGCAGCAUGUCCCGUCGACGGGACAAGAAAAUUUGGACCGUUGAAGGCUCCUUGGUUGCGGCGCCGUUGACCGGAGCCAUAGGUUACGUGAUUCGAUGAUUGCAUCUAAUCAUCAAUCAUCAGUUAAUUAAUGCAAAAUUCUCGAAUCAGUUGUAACCAUGUUGGUGCUGGCGCUAACUUCCUUUGCACCCGCCGCGAAUCCCUUUCGAUUUCGACCCCGCGCGUUCUGUCGCCGUAGGCUCAAAAUCAAUAACUCUCUCCCACCGCCUCCUUCACCCGCAGUUCCUUUCGAGAAUCUCUUCCACAGCUUAAUAACUCAGUUCCCUUCCGUCAACUCACUCAAUUUCAUUACUCCCGCUCUCGGUUUCGCUUCCGGCGUCGCUCUCUUCUUCUCCUCGCGCUCCAAUGAUUCCGAUUCUACCCUCUCCGACAUCGGAGAGUGGAUCCUGUUCGCGAGUCCGACGCCUUUUAACCGGUUCGUGCUGCUGCGGUGCCCUUCUAUAUCGUUGGAGGGCGAGAGGCUGGUGAGGGAGGAGAGGCACUACGUGAGAGGAGGGAGGAUUGAGGUGCGGAGGGGGAGGGAGAGGGAAUUGGAGGAGCUCAGUUAUCAGAGGGUGUGUGUGAGUGCUGCUGAUGGAGGUGUUGUUUCUUUGGAUUGGCCUGAUAACUUGCAGUUGGAAGAGGAACGUGGAUUGGACACUACUCUCUUGCUCGUUCCCGGCACGCCGCAAGGGAGCAUGGACCCCAAUGUGAGGUUGUUUGUGGUCGAAGCUCUCAGUAGGGGGUUCUUCCCUGUUGUCAUGAAUCCCAGAGGAUGCGCUGCUUCGCCUCUCACCACUCCCCGGUUAUUUACUGCUGCUGACAGCGACGAUAUCUGCAUAGCUAUAAUGUACAUCAACAAUGCAAGACCAUGGACAACCUUGAUGGGUGUUGGAUGGGGAUAUGGUGCAAACAUGCUGACAAAAUACCUUGCAGAGGUUGGGGAAAGAACACCAUUGACAGCUGUCACAUGUAUAGACAAUCCUUUUGAUUUAGAUGAAGCUACAAGGUCCUCUCCUUAUCACAUUGUUACUGAUCAGAAACUCACUGAUGGACUGAUAGAUAUUCUACAAACCAAUAAGGCACUAUUCCAAGGCAAAACCAAAGGUUUUGAUGUGGAAAAAGCUCUGUUGGCAAAAUCUGUACGUGAUUUUGAAGAAGCAAUAUCUAUGGUAUCUUAUGGGUUUGGGGCUAUAGAAGAUUUUUAUUCAAAAUCCAGCACAAGAAAUAUGAUUAGGGAUGUUAAAAUUCCUGUUCUCUUUAUACAGAGUGAUAAUGGGAUGGUUCCCGUAUUCUCAGUUCCACGCAACCUGAUUGCAGAAAAUCCAUUCACAAGUCUGCUCCUAUGUUCUUGUUUGCCUUCAAGUGGUACUGAUACCCACAUGUCUGCUUUAUCAUGGUGUCAGCUUCUAACAAUUGAGUGGCUCACAGCAGUGGAGCUGGGACUCUUGAAGGGCCGUCAUCCUCUUCUGACAGAUAUAGAUGUUAGCAUAAAUCCUUCUAAAGGAUUAGUUGUUGUCGAAGAAGUAAGGUCAAAUAAGGAUGCUAAAGUUGGCACACUGUUGGAUCUUACUCGGUCAGAUGCAUUUAAUGGAUACUCUGCCGAUCCCACUAAAGAUUUGCUUGAAGAAAAUGAGAAUAACACUGGUCUCCAAUUUAAUUCCCAACAAGGUCUAAAACGGAACUUUGAGCAGGAUGAUAUGAAUUUACAGGUAAAAGAUGGCCCAUUACAGCAGACUAGAUCCAGUGAUGCAGAUUUAAUUGAAGAGGAGAAUGUUGUCUCGGCAGAUAGUGAACAUGGUCAAGUUCUACAGACAGCACAAGUGGUAAUAAAUAUGCUAGAUAUUACCAUGCCUGGUACUCUAACAGAAGAGAGGAAGAACAAGGUGUUAACUGCUGUGGGUCAAGGAGAGACACUCAUGAAAGCUUUAGAGGAUGCUGUUCCAGAAGAUGUCCGUGGAAAGUUAACAGAUGCAGUGACUGGAAUUUUGCAUGCAAGGGGCUCUAAGUUGAAGGUAGAUAGGAUUCUUAAUAUUUCUCAGGCUCCUGAAUCCGUAUCAGGGCAGAAGAACCAAGAAAAAUUCAGAGUAUCUGGUGCAGAAGUUAUGGUUGAAGAUCAGCCCUCUGUGAAUCAGAUGAAAAAGACUAGUAGUCCUAUAGAUGGCUCUGAUGAUGCUCCAGGUAGCAUUGGCAAGCUUGCUGAAGGAACAGAAACAGAAGUUAUUCCCAUAGAGAAAUCACCAAAUUCUACAAAUUUAGCCCAGUCUCGAGAAUCAAAUGAUGAAGUUAGUUCUUCUGGUUCUUUAAGGAAGGAAACAGACGAGUCUAAUGAUAAUAAUGACACAAAUGAGGAAUCAAAAGGAAAAUCUGUUCCUGAUAUUGAUCAUAUUAAGAAUGGAUUGGAAACAGGCUCUAAACCAUACACUCCUGGGCUUCCUGAUGGAGCAGGUGGCUUUGAAUCAGCAGCUGUGGGUGAGCAGAAAAGCCAAAACAGUGGAAUAGCUCAAGCAGACCUAAAGGAGGAAAACACUAUCCUGAAGGACGAGCAGAAAAGUCAGGAUUUCUCUAGCGAUCAUAGUAAAAAUACUUCAACUGAUGCAAAAGAAGAACCCUCUUCGCCUUCUAUGUCCUCUGAGCACCAAACAAUAGAAAGGGAAGGUAAUGAUAGUGAGAAAAAAGAUAAUAAGAAUAUGCAGCAUGUUUCACACCAGACCCACUCUAACAAUUUGGCUUCUAAUGCCCCUGCCUUCAGUGUUUCUCAAGCAUUGGAUGCCUUGGCAGGGAUGGAUGAUUCCACCCAAGUGGCUGUUAAUAGUGUUUUUGGUGUGAUAGAAAAUAUGAUAUCUCAGCUUGAGCAGAGCUCGGAGAAUGAAGAAGUCGAGGAUGGAAAAGAUGUUGAACAGAAGAUAGAAGAAAAACAAAAAACUAAUAGGCAAACAAAGGAUUCCAACACAUCUGCUGAUCCUUCAGUAGAUGAUCACCAUAAUGAUAUGCACUUGAAUAAUGGUUCUUGUCAUACAGAGGAACAACCAUCUCAAAGUCUUAGUGAAAUUAAUGGGAACCGUAUAUUCAAUGCUCAAAGUUGUAACUCUAAUGAUCACCUAGUUCAGAAGGAAAAUAAUACAAAUACUCAACUGAUUGACAAAAGAUUUCUCAUUGGUAAAUGGGAUGGACACAGACACAUGGAUAGGAUGCCAGAGUUCAUAGCUGGUGGUUCGUACGGGGGCUCUCCUUACAAUGAAAAUUUCCAUAAAUAUCUUGUUUCAAAGAUUCCUAUCAAACCGCUUGAUUUAGGCACAACAACUGCAUUAUUGCUUGACUAUUUCCCAGAAGAAGGUCAAUGGAAACUUUUUGAACAACCACAAAACAUGGAAAUUGCUUCUUCUCAUACUGAAACUAGUGAAGAGGCUGGGCCCAAGAUGAAGGCUCCCUCCUCUGCAAAAUCUUCUAAUGCAGAGAAAUAUAUUGAACCACCAUAUGUAAUAUUAGAUGCUGAAAAGCAACAAGAACCUGUCAAAGAGUUCAUUACAACAGACACAGAAAACAGAAUGACUGACACCAGUGAUGACAGGUCAGAUGAAUUGAUGCAAUUUGUGAAACAGAGUGUGUUACAUUCUUUGAAGAUGGAAGUUAGUCGCAAGCUGAAUGCUUCAGAAAUGAUAGAAAUGAAGUCAAAGCUUGCUGAAGAUAUGGAACAUGUGGCAAAUGCAAUUUCAAAAGCUAUUGUACAUAGCAAGGUGCAACAACUAUAUACUGAAGAAAGCAAGGUGCAACAACUAUAUACUGAAAGUCAAGGUCGUAAUGUUGAGGGGGCUAUAGAAAAGGUAGGUACUCUUGAAGGGGAGCAUGUCAUUAGUGUAAUUUCUUCCUCCAUUCAGCAAACAGACUGCCUGAGAAAAGUGGUUCCUGUUGGUGUUCUUGUUGGGUCCAUCUUAGCUUCCUUGAGGAAAUAUUUUAAUGUAACUACACUUCAAGAUGAUCACAGAAGAUCUCUGAUCCAUGAUGAUGAGGAAAAACCUAGCACGAAGAAUUAUGGCAAUGAAGGUGUCACAGAGAUAGAUCAAGUACCUGACGAGAAAACUAGUUUGGAUCAUCCUAUUCAGACAGAGAGAAUAGAAAGUGCAUCAAAAGAUACUAGCAAAAAUACUGUCAUGGUUGGCGCUGUUACAGCUGCUCUUGGGGCUUCUGCUUUAUUCAUGCAACAGAAGGAUCCCCAACAAGAAAAUGAAACCGCUGAAAGCUCAUCCACAUCUCUGAAAAUGAAUAAUUGCCAUAAAAAAGAGCCAGAACGACUUCAGGAGGAGGUCUCUGAGAAGAACCAGAAUAACAUAGUCACAAGCCUUGCUGAGAAGGCCAUGUCAGUUGCUGGUCCAGUUGUACCUACUAAAGAAGAUGGUGAAGUGGAUCAAGAAAGACUGGUCGCAAUGCUUGCUGAUUUAGGACAUAGAGGUGGCUUGUUGAGGCUAGUUGGAAAGAUUGCUUUGCUAUGGGGUGGUAUACGUGGUGCAAUGAGUUUGACGGACAGGCUUCUCUCAUUCUUAGGUAUUGCUGAACGCCCUUUGUUUCAGAGGAUUUUUGGGUUUGUUGGCAUGACCCUUGUUCUAUGGUCUCCUGUUGCCAUUCCAUUACUUCCAACAAUUGUUCAGAGCUGGACAACAAAAACUUCUUCCGUAAUAGCUGAGUUUGCUUGCAUUGUUGGCCUGUACACUGCUAUAGUAAUACUUGUUAUGUUAUGGGGGGAAAGAAUCCGUGGAUACGAAAAUGCAUUUCAACAGUAUGGGCUGGACUUGACAUCACCACAAAAGCUAUUUGAGUUCUUGAAAGGCUUGGUUGGUGGGGUCAUCUUCAUUUUUUCAAUCCAUGUUGUGAAUGCAUUACUUGGUUGUGCAAGUUUCUCUUGGCCUCAUAUUCCAACUUCUUUAGAUGCCAUAACUUGGCUAAAAGUGUAUGGACAUAUGGGUCUGGUAGUUGUUCAAGGAACUGUGAUGGCAAGUGCUAUUGCAGUGGUGGAAGAAUUGCUUUUUAGGUCAUGGUUGCCCCAGGAAAUUGAAGUUGAUCUUGGAUAUCAUCAGGGAAUUAUUAUUUCAGGGCUGGCAUUUUCUUUCUUGCAGAGGUCUCUGCAAGCAAUACCUGGACUUUGGCUUUUGUCUAUGUCUUUGUCAGGUGCCCGACAGAGAAAUGGAGGUAGCCUCUUCAUCCCCAUUGGGCUACGCACAGGAAUGAUGGCAUCCACUUUUAUGUUGCAAAAGGGUGGAUUUUUAACAUAUCAUAAUAAGUGCAACCUUCCUCUCUGGAUAAUCGGGAACCAUCCUUUUCAACCAUUUAGUGGUUUAGUUGGUUUGGUAUUUUCUUUGUCAUUGGCAAUACUUCUCUACCCCAGACAGACUUUACAAAGAAAGGAGGCUCAGGAAUAAGUAGAAAAUUUAUUAGUGAUAUCAUUACAGUUAUGAAUUUGGCGAUGCCAGUUGUGUUAAUAUGCCAAAAUUAGAGGUAGCCUGUGGGGCAUUUUGAUUCUACUAUACACAGUAUAAGUUUCUCUUGUACUGUUAAUUGGGGAGUAAAGAAUGAGAAGACAGUAAUCGAGGGGCAUACGAAGAAAGUUGAAACUUAAAAACAUUAAAUGCUUCAAUUCCGAGUAUCUUGUAAAUUUUUCAUUUGGAACCUGGAGGCAGGCAUCAGUUAUGAUGUGAGUUGUAGAUUUAUAGAUUAUAGGUAUGGUGUACACGGUUGACUUUGAAAGUAGAAAAGCUACAAGUUUGUAAAGAGAUUUUUGUAUUUUAUUUUUGUACUUCGUCAGCCAAUCCAAGUGUACAGUAGGGUUACUGUAAGUUUUGAUUGUUGUAUCAUUAUUUAUCAGAACACGAUAUGAUGUAGAGGAGCUAGGAUAUAGGACCAGAUAGGUGUCAGUUUUGUUUUACUCCUUUUCUCUCUCUUAAAUUUACCAUUUUCAUAGGCAUAUUUAUAUUGUAACACUAAAAAUGUUCACAAUGAUUCGUGCUUACUUUUAUGACAUCAAUUCUUUCUUUUGAUUUAAA